AUGUCCAAUUGUGAAACGAAGGACUGUAUUAUUUCCAAAUAUGACUGCGACUAUACACCAAUGUAUUGGUACGAACAUUUUUCGAGGAGUAGAUUGAAUAGACCUAAAUCGAAAUAUAUCGCCUCACUUUCGGAUCUUUGGGGAUUGUUUCUAUUAUGCAUUUGUAAUUUAAAUAAAUGCUUCAUUUUCUCUGAAGAAAAUAUCUGGAAGUUAUGUAAGAAAGUAUCUGCAUUGGACGAACUAAACUGCUGCAGUGCUGUAUUCAUUUCCAACAAAAAUAGGAUGGUUCCUUUGUGGAAACAACGUGCUGCUGCAGGACGAGACUACGUGAUAUGGGAUUAUCAUGUAAUCUUGUUAUACUCAAAGUCGGGUUUAGUAUCUGUGUAUGACUUUGAUACAACGUUAACAUUUCCUUGUGAUGCUCAAACAUACUGGACUGAGACAGUUCGUCCGGAACUGAAUUUGGAUGCGAAUUAUCACAGGUGUUUUCGAAUCAUUAGUGGCUCACAUUACCUGCAGCAUUUUUCUUCUGACCGAAGUCAUAUGUUGGAAACUAAUGGAAAUCAUAAAGCACUACCACCUCCUUGGCCCCCCAUAUAUGAUCCAGGCAUCGGAAAUAACCUUCAUAGCUUUAUAUCGAUGGACAGUCAUUUGUUGGAAAAUAUCAGCAAAGUUUAUGAUGAAAAUUCAUUUAGUGAAUUCAUUAAUGAACAGUUAAGAAGUGAAUGUUAA